GUCGGUCUUUAAUUACGAAUCGCACGAAUUGUGGCUUAGAAGGACGCGCAUGCGCAAAGGGAAACAAGAGGAAGAGAAGAAAAUGAGGUUGGAAGUGAGAGGUGAAGUGUUCUUUCGCAGCACUAGUUGAUUUUUUUUUAAGGAUCGACAGCUCAUGACAUGACUUCGAUGGUCGUGGAUACCUAACUUCGAUCGUUUAUUUAUUUAUUUAUUUAUAAACAAAAAAGUGAGAAUAACAAAAACAAAAAUAUCUACGAAUGAAAAUAACCAAGCAAUGGAGGGACUGAGCGGGAACUGUCCUGCCUCUCAUUGCAGGGAGCUGAUUUCUCACUCUGGACUAGGGCGACACUCUGGGACUAUUAUGCCUCAUCAGGGCUCGAUUUACCCCGAUAUCUCCUCUCCGGAGAGCGGAAGGCAAUGUCCAGGGCCUCAGACACCCUCCUCCGGAGCAUCUCUGGGUUAUAAUUACCCUUAUUCCUACUACGAAUGCCGAUUGAGUCAUACUCACGGUGUUAAUGUGCAGAAGCCGUGCUCUUACCACCCCGCUGAGAAAUACCCCGAGCACGGGGAAGAACUUUCCCACCGAGCGAAAGAACUGGCUUUUUACCAGGGUUUUGCUGGCUCUUACCAAACCGUCCCGGGUUAUCUGGACAUGGCGGUGAUGCCGGGCAUUGGUGCUCAUCCAGAAGUGCGGCACGAGAGCUUAAUCCCUGUGGAUGGAUAUAAUCACUGGGCAUUGGGCAACGGAUGGGAUGGACAAGUGUGUUUUUCCAAAGAGCAGAGUCAACAGAGCCACAUCUGGAAGUCACCCUUCCCAGAAGUUGUGCCCCUGCAACCUGAAGUCAGCAGCUACCGCCGAGGCCGCAAGAAGCGCGUGCCCUACACCAAGAUCCAGCUCAAAGAGCUAGAAAAGGAGUACUCGUCGAACAAAUUCAUUACCAAAGAUAAAAGACGACGGAUCUCCACCAUCACUAACCUAUCAGAGAGACAAGUUACCAUCUGGUUUCAGAAUCGACGUGUAAAAGAGAAGAAAACUGUCUGCAAGUCAAAGUCAAGCGCCCACAUGCACCCCUGAGGAGAGCUGAAUCUGUAAAAUAAAUAAAUAAAUAAAUAAAUAAAUAAGAAAGAACGAAGAUUAAUAACCCCAUGUUGAUAUAGGCCUAUCUAUUUAUCUUUUAUGACAUGUUUAAUUUAGGUAAGUUGUGAAUAUCGUUGUCACUCGGAAAUUAGCGUUUUGCACGUUUAAAUCAACAACAAUAAAAAUAUCAUAUUCAAUUAUUCCUGUUGAACAAACAAUCAAACGAAU